UUAAAAAUAUUAACCAUUCCCUAUAUAGUCAAUGUCCUAUCAUCCUACCUAACUAAGAAGUUAUGUCCUUUCACCCUUGUGCCUGUAGUUUUUUCAAUAUCAAAAACUGUAAACAAAUAAAACUUUAAUGUCAAAAACAUCUGACGAAUGACAGCUAUUUUAAGGUUAUAUACCAUUCAGAUUAUAUAAAUAAACUUACUUCCGAGAACUUUCAGACGACAAAAUAAUUAAAAUUUCAAAUAGAUAAAUAUUUACAAACAAGGUUAUGAAAUUUCUUCCGAUUUAAGAGAUUCGGCAUAUCUUUCCAAGUUGCCGAGAACAAAUCGACCUAACAGUUAGCCAUGGCUUUAAUGAAAGGUUCACAAAUUCCUAAAGAUGCUGUUGUACUCGAUGAAGUUGAAGCGAUCGGUUAUGUAUGGGAUGUUGUGUCAAAUUGGGAAUCGUGGUCGGACAUAUGGGCAUUACGGUAUGGUCCCAUGGUUCUGGGUGCUAUAAAUUCAAUAAGCGGUGUUAUUAUAAAUAAUCACUACAGAUGGAAACUGAAGCUUGGCAAUUAUGGAUAUUUUUCAUCGACUUUGCCUCUUACUGUGAUGCCAGGCAUUUUAACACUUAUUUUUCAUAAACAUCUCAUAUCAACAGACUUGCUUUUAAUGAAGAAUGAUGCAUGUCCUGUCUGCUAUGAAGUUAAAUCAUCAGCAAUACAAAUAUCUAUGGGCUUAUUAUAUCCAAUGGUAUUGGCACCCACAUCUGCUUUAAUGCUGGCCAAUAGAUAUUCAACAUACAGAAUCCCACAUCUUUUUGAAGGUCCUAAGGUUAUGUUUAGUUUUUUGAAGAAGCAUACAAAACCAUUUACUGGUACUUUGGGAUAUUUAGCUUUAAUCCAACUUGCUGCCUCAACCUUCAUUACCUAUUGUGAAAUGAAAAAUACUGUUACAUUAAAGCAUAAAAUGGCGGAAAUAGAAAAAAAAUUAGAGCAAGAUUUGCUUGAUAAUAAGAUAAGUCUUUAAUGGAUAGAUCAUAAAUAUAUAGAAGUUGAUUAAUAUAGUGUUUUACCAUACCAA